AUGACUGUACACGGCGAACAGUUUGACAGAGCGUCACAACGACAACUGCGCCUCAUUUGCGUUUGCGGCGAGUCAAAGUGCUCAAUGGAAAACCAUAAUGCCACAUACACAAACACGUAUAUUUAUGCAUACAUAUAUACAUACAUACACACAUACAUACAUACACGCAUACAUACGUACAUACAUACAUACAUACAAACAUACAUGCAUACAUACAUACAUACAUACAUACAUACAUACAUACAUACAUACACACAUACAUACAUACAUACAUACAUACAUGCAUGCAUACGAACAUAUAUACAAAGCACAUGCAUCACUAAUUGUAAAGAUCACUAUGCGAUUAUGACAGAAGAAAAUACAAAUGCCAGGACAGUAAGCGGCAAGGAGAAUCACCGCGAUGGACCAAUGCCUCCUUAA